AUGAGAGACGUAAGAAAGGAAGAAAUUGAUAUCUUAAAAAUAAUAUUUAGAGCGAAUUUAUCCGUGGAUGAGAACGCGUUACGAGUUACAACAGUAUUUGGAAUGCUGCGGUUUGUGUUUGACAGCGGGUAUCCGGAUGUAUCACCAGUUUUAGAUGUUGAGUAUGAGAAUGGUAAAUCGUCUGAACAGGUCAUUAACUACUUAAAUGAGCGUUCAAGCAUUCACACUGGUAAGCCCAUGAUAUAUCCACUGGUAAUGGACUUCCUCCAAUACCACGAGCGCUCCAGAGAGCAAAAUACUAAAGAUAUCGGUUAUUCUGUGGAAACAUCGUACGAAGUUGUUGAUAAAACCGAUAUGCGGGUCACUGAAGAGGAAUUUUAUGAAUGGGUUAAUUCUAACAAGCCGGCGCCUGUUUUAGAGACCGGAAUCUCGGGAAAAGAAUUUUUCUUGAGAGUGAAAGGAAAUUAUCAGGAGGAUGAUGCGUGAGGUUUAGUCAAUAUCCAGGCUCAAAGAGUGUUCUUGUCACUCAAAAUCGAAUAUUUGUGGACUAAAAAAAAGCACUCACAAAUUUGCUGUGCAUAUGCUACUAAAGAGAUGAAAAUGAUUUCUUGUCCCGCGAGAACGUCGCUUAUUCAGCGCAACGAAUGUGAUAAUUAAAUAUUUUUGAUACA